AGAGAGGGAUGAGAGAGGGAUGAGAGAGAGAGAGAGAGGGAGGGAGAAUUGAAUUUGAAAUCGUUCUAAGUACUGUAACAGGUAUUCUAUGGGCCUCCAGCAGUUCUAUCAUGAUGUCACAAUGUCCCUGUCAUAAACCCGGAGUCAUCAGGUUAUAAAACAACAGUAUUUAAGGGCUCUCUGUCUGUCACCGAGAGCAGCCGGACAGCAGGUCCCACCCGGACGCUCAGGAUCUCCAGCACCGAUGGAAGUCUACGGAUCCUUGCGGCCUUGCCCCUCUGGAUUCUUACCGACCCUGACCACCAUGAGAGACAGCUACAAGGGCUUCACUGCCACGCAUCUUCAGCCACAGCACGUCAGCUUCGACCUAACGGGAAGCGGGAAGUCCAAACCCAGGCUGGUCUCUGUUCAGCGGAAAUCCACGGAGCCGUUCGAGACCCCUUGGGGAGAGGAACAGCUCGUUAGGAUGCCGCCUCUCAAACCGACCCCGGUGGCCAUGUGUCAGAUCACCCGGGAAGAUUGGCUGGGCGCCAACAACGUAAACUACCGGCGCUUGGAGAGCAGCAGGCGACACGCGGAAAGCUUUUGGCGCGAGACCUCCCGGUUGAUCCAGAGUAAAGAGCAGCUGACUCGGCGAACGCAGUCUGACAGCUCCCGGUGGAUCGGUGAACGGAUAACGGAAAUCUCGUUCUGGCGGAGCGAGCUGGGGUUCGAGCUCGAGCAGCUUCUCCGCGACACCGAGAGGCUACGUCAGGUCAAAUUUCGGUUGGACAGGGCCUUAAAGGAGACCGACGGCCCAUUGCAGAUGUCGCAGGAGUGCCAGUUCCAGUGUCAGAAACUCAACGACGGAGUCAUCGAUGUAGUGGAGAAAGAACUGGUGCAGGAGGUAACAGUGAUCAGGUCUUCUCAGGAACAGUUGGAGAGGAUCAGAGAUAAAGUCCAGAAACAGCUGGAGUCCAACAGGAGAGUGCAACACCAGUUGGAAAAAGACAUGGAUGAUAAACACAGAGCUCUCCAGAUCGACAGCCACUGUCACACACUGACCAACUGUUAUACUGCUACCAACUAUUACCCUGACCUCAGCCUGGUAGUGCAACACACAAAGGAAACCCUGACAACACGUGUUUUGUCCCUCCUCCCUCCCGGUAGUGUCUCAGUGCCGGUGUCGUGGGUGCAGUAUUCGGAGGACAACAUCGGGAAUUCGGCGUCGGAGCGGCGAGCCACCCGGGACGUAACGGAGCUGGUGGAGCGAACCCUGGUUGCCACGGCGAGAGACAUGUGGUCUCAGUACAGCCGUGUCAACGCCGCCUUCACACUCCGUGUCAACCAGAACACACACGCUAAGAACACGCUACAGCAGCACCUGGCCAAGACCCUGCAGGAGAUGCACCAGACGGAGCGUACCAUCUCCGAUUUGGAGGGGUCCAUCUGGGCGAAGAGAGCUCCCCUCAGAGUGGCUCAGUCCAGGCUGGAGGAACGCACCCAUAGACCUAACAUGGAGCUCUGCAGGGACCACCCACAUACCAGGUUACUGUCUGAGGUGUCUGGUCUCCAGGACACAGUUUUAUCUCUAAGACAGAGGUUGUCUGAAGCCCAGGCUACCCUGCAGCAGCUGGCUGACUGUAAGAGUGUUUUAGAACAGGAGCUCUACACUAAGGCCCUCUCCCUCUUUAUCGACCAGGAGAGAUGUCUAGGACUCCGCAAGACAUACCCCUCCACCCCUAGACUGGUGGGAUACACGUAGACAAGACAUACCCCUCUAGACCAGUGGGAUACACGUAGACAAGACAUACCCCUCUAGACUGGUGGGUUACACGUAGACAAGACAUACCCCCCUAGACUGGUGGGACACACAUAGACAAGACAUACCCCUCUAGACUGGUGGGAUACACGUAGACAAGACAUACCCCCCUAGACUGGUGGGUUACACGUAGACAAGACAUACCCCCCUAGACUGGUGGGUUACACGUAGACAAGACAUACCCCUCUAGACUGGUGGGUUACACGUAGACAAGACACACCCCCCUAGACUGGUGGGACACACAUAGACAAGACAUAAACAGACACACAGAGACAGAUUGAAGGUCCUUUCUCUUCUCUUCUGUGGUUCUGUUGAAUAAAGGUGUCUAAGUCAUA